CGGGCCCAGAGCGGAGAAGAGGGCCCUCCCAGUGAAAAUGUACUGCCCGGAACGACUAACCCUCGCCACCGGAUGGUCCCUGCAGCAUAGAUGGCCCGAAACAGCUCACCCUUCCUUCCCACCGAGGGGAGUGAUUUCUGUCUUUGAAAGCUGAAGUACUUCCUCAGCCGAGUCAAAUAUCAAGAUGAUUCUGAAAAAGUCAAGUUGUUUGAUGAGAAAAGAAGACUUAGAAGAUCUCCUGCAUUAUUAUUACACAACAUCGUAUUUCACGUCCAUGGUCGCAAUUAUACGUAUAGGAAUAUGGUUGAUUGCUACUUCUAUCCUACUGAGUUGUCACCUGAGGAUCAGUGGCUGCACAUUGAUGACACCAAAGUCACAUGGAAAACCGGGCAGAUUCCUGACGCUCGGUGUAAUGAACCAUGUCCUACUGGAUCCAGAAAAGCUCCUAAUGGAGGAUAUCAUGUCUGCUGUUAUGACUGUGUCCCAUGUUCUGAUGGUGAAAUGUCUAAUAGAACAGAUCCCAGUAUCCCGCUGCUCAGACCCAUGUUUACCGGGAAGCUGGAAAAAAGCAAGACCAACAAUCAAUACCUGCUGCUAUGACUGUGUCCCAUGUUCGGAAGGAGAGAUAUCCAAUAUAACCGACAGUGAAAUCUGCCACAUAUGUCCUAUGGACCAGUGGCCAGAAAUGAGGAAAACAAGAUGUGUUCCUAAAGUUAAGGAAUUCCUCUCAUAUAAGGAUCCACUGGCUUCAUUCUUCUCUAUAACAGUGAUGAUUCGCUGCGGUAUAACCUGCUGUAUCAUAAGAACAUUUAUCUCAUAUUGGGACACUCCUUUGGUGAAGGCCAAUAACCGGACUGUAAGCUUCAUCCUCCUGGUCUCCAUCUUGUUGAGCUUCUUCUGUAUCUUCCUAUUCCUCGGUCGUCCAGAGGAUAUAACGUGUAGGAUGAGACAAAUGUCAUUUGGAUUUUUCUUCUCUGUUGCCGUCUCUUCUGUUUUGGCCAAGACUACAAUGGUCUGUAUCUCCUUCAAAGCCACUAAACCGGGCAGUUCUUGGAGAAAGUUGGUGGAGGUCAGGGUGUCCUAUUAUAUAAUUGUGAUAUGUUCCUCUAUUCUAGUUCUAAUCUGUGUUAUUUGGUUGUCAGUGUCACCUCCAUAUGUAGAGUUUGACCAUCACACUUAUCCUGGGAAGAUCAUCAUUCAGUGUAAUGAAGGCUCGAAUAUCUGGUUCUACUCUGUGUUGGGUUAUCUUGGGUUCCUGGCAGCGGUGAGCUUUGUUUUGGCUUUCAUGGUGAGGACAUUACCGGACACUUUCAAUGAGGCCAAGUACAUCACCUUCAGCAUGCUGCUGUUCUGCAGUGUCUGGAUUGCUAUGAUCCCGGCUUAUCUGAGCAGUAAGGGGAAGAAUAUAGUGGCUGUGGAGAUAUUCGCCAUACUGACCUCAAGUGCUGGAAUAUUAUUUUGCAUAUUUUUCCCCAAAUGUUAUAUCCUAAUAAUAAAACCUGAGCGGAACACCAAAAAACAAUUAAUAGAAAAAUAAACAAAUUUAGCACAAAGCUGUGACACAUCCAGACCUAACAGUAAGUCAUAAUAAAGAAUACGGCAAAACCUCUUGCAUCCAAAUAAGGACUGUUGAUUUUGACAUUGACAUUAUUUCCUGGUCCCUGACCCUUGUUACUGGUGUUACCUCCUGGCUUUUGACCUCUG